AUGGUGGCCACCACCGAGCACAGGCGCAGGCGUCGACGUCUGGCUCGGCAGAGAAGGUGGAACCGGCAACGGUCUCGAGUAGGCCGCUGCGGGGGUCGUCAUCGCGUCUGUUGCGAUCAGUUCGGCACGUCGGGCUCAAGGGAGAGACGUGGCGUGCCGCCCCCCCCCCCCCCCCCCCCCCCCCUCCCCGGCACCGGCGCCGACGAGACGGAGGCGAGGACCCCAGAAAGCCCCGCCGGAGGCGCAUUUAUUUUUUUUGACAUUUUGAGGACCCAAAAUCCUGAAAAUCGUCGAGGCGCAUUGCAAAAAAUUGACAUUUUGGGACGAAACACACGUUUUGCCCCCGAGGCGCCUUUGCAGAUUUUGACAUUUUUCCCGGGGGUCGAGGCAAUUUUGGCCGACCCUGAGCAGCCUUCGGCAUGACCAUGGGCCCGCAUUCGCCUUCGAGACGCGUUUGCCGCUCGGCGCCGAUCGGCUAUGGUCGCAGUACGACCGAGCAGAAGAUGUUCAAAGCUGGGCGCUGCGAGCUCAACGAUGGAUGGACAAAAUCGUCGUUAUCAACGGAACUGACCGCAACCGUAUCGCUGUCGCACGUCGCAUACUGAACGGACUGCAAUGGCAAGAGCAAGACGGGCUUCUACCAUUGCCUCUUCUUGGGGGAGGAACGAGUUUGGUUUAUCUUCUGAGAUUCUUAAGUCAGUACACCAGUCCUUCAGCUGGCCACUCGUGUUCAUUUCGUAUCUGAGGCAACUUGCUUAUUCGCGUCUCUACUCAGGUCACGAUUGGCUCGGUGAAGCCGCGAUGAACUUGUCGAUUGAAAGCGUCCUUAGAGCUGGACGAGUGCAGAAUCCCGAUUCCGAAACAUCGUAUGGACUCAUACCCUCUACCGUCAUUUCCUUGUUACUGGCUCGCCCUUCCGGUUCGGGUCCUCAUUCGAUCUUCAAAGCCUGGCCCGCCAAACCAGUAUCGUAAUCUCAUCGAGCUAGGCGAUUGCAUGCGCAACGCGCCGACCUCAAAAUCAAUCUGGUUUUUACCCCUCUGCUCCGAUAAUCACUGCCACACCAUUGGAGAUCGGAUCUCUGAUCUGCUUUGGCCUCAAGCGUGGCAUGCAUUCACUCAGCUGCGAUCAAACUGCUUAUGGAGAAGAAACGUUGUCCAUCGGAAUUGGUACGUUGUUUUGAGUGCAGUGGCAGUUGAGCUGUGACGUUCUCAUAUGACAAAGGUCUUGUCUGCUACAGUGCGAUACAUCUACAGCAAAGUGACAACAAACCACUGCAACCGAGACACGCUCCCGUCGUUGGUUCUACUUUCAAAUGUCGUCGUACAGGAGCUCUCGCCUCAUCAAGAAAGCAUGCUAUUCCACUCACCUCAUUGAUGGCACUAUGCCGUUCCGCAUGAUUGAUGGUCGACAGGUCAUCGAGUCAUUAGGCCCGCCAGCGACUACAUAUCGUUCAACCACGGACCUUACCUCAUGUUACCCCGACGAGCGCAUAAUCAGCACGUGCGCACAUGCCGAGCAAAGAUUUGCCGCCUUUCGGAGCGUCCCCGGCCUGCGAGAUGCCGCCGGUAGAACCUCUACAAGCCGCACAAAUGCCUCCGCGGACACAAGGAGCUCAAGUUCAGCAAAACGGAGGUCUGACAACGAAGUAGCGAGCCCACCAGCAAAGCAAGGAAGGCUUAUUUGAUGCCUGGAGCCACGCGCGACACCAGCCGAAGCGACGCGCGCCGCAAGCCACUUUCGAUCGGCCGCCGCGCGUCCGCAAACGCUCGGAACGCGUUUUCGAGGACUUUUGA